UAUAGUCCACAAUAAUUAAACAAUGACACGAGCCUUUGCUAGCAAUUACUACUAUCCUUCAAUCUUCAUAGCUCUUAAUAUCCUUACAAUAAUUAAACAUAUUCUUUCUACCUUUGUUUCAAGUCUUCUCUAAAAACAGUACUACCUUUCAAUCUUCAUAGCUCUUAACGUUCAUUCACGUACGUCUCUUUCCUCAAAUCAAUUAGAGAUGGCUGCAGCUUUGAUUGGAGGUGCAUUUCUGUCUGCUACUUUUCAAACAUUAAUGGACAAACUAACUUCAACUGAGUUUCGUGAUUAUAUCACAAACACCAAACUGGAUGAAUCGUUGAUGGAAGAGAUGGAAACAACGCUACUUGCUCUUGAGAUUGUACUGGAUGAUGCAGAGGAGAAGCAGAUCCACAAACCCAAAAUCAAACAAUGGUUGGAUCGGUUAAAAGAUGCAAUCUUUGACGCUGAGGAUUUGCUUAAUCAAAUAAGCUACAAUGCCUUGAGAUGCAAGAUAGAGUUUCAGAAUUUGCUUUCAACUACAAACUCAAAUGGAGAGAUCAAUUCUGAAAUGGAAAAGAUUUGUCAAAGGCUGAAAACUUUUGUUCAUCAGAGUAACAUCCUUGGCUUGCAGCAAACUGUAAGAGGUAGAGAUUCUCGUAGAACGCCUUCAAGUUCAGUAGUAAAUGAAUCUGUCAUGGUGGGUAGGAAUGAUGAUAAAGAUAGACUCAUCAAUAUGCUCAUAUCAGACCGUGGCACGAGCAGAAAUAAUAAUUUAGGUGUUGUUGCUAUUUUGGGUAUGGGAGGUGUUGGUAAAACAACGCUUGCACAACUUGUUUACAAUGAUGAAAAUGUUGAAAAACAUUUUGAUUUAAAAGCAUGGGUUUGUGUCUCAGAGGACUUUGAUGCUGUCAGAGUAACCAAGUCUCUCCUUGAAUCUGUUGUUAGAAAUACAACAUCUGCUGCUUCAAAUGUCUGGGAAAGCGAUAAUCUUGACAUCCUUCGAGUUGAAUUAAAGAAAAUCUCAAGGGAGAAAAGAUUUUUGUUUGUGUUGGAUGAUUUGUGGAAUGGCAAUUACAAUGACUGGGAUGAACUAGUAAGUCCCCUCAUUGAGGGAAAACCUGGAAGUUCAGUAAUUAUAUCAACACGCCAUGAACAAGUUGCAAAGAUGGCACACACAUUUCCUAUUCAUAAAUUAGAACCUCUAUCAGAUGAAGAUUGUUGGUCUUUACUCUCAAAGCAUGCAUUAGGAAAUGAUGAGUUUCGCGAUACUGAAAACAAAACCCUUGAAGAAAUUGGUAAGGAGAUUGCCAGAAAGUGUGGUGGACUGCCAAUAGCUGCUAAAACACUAGGAGGACUUCUACGUUCAAGAGUAGACACAAGGGCAUGGACUGCAAUUUUGAACAGCGAUGUAUGGAGUUUACCAAAUGAUAAUAUUAUUCCUGCUUUGCAUUUGAGUUAUCAAUAUCUUCCCUCUCAUUUGAAAAGAUGUUUUGCAUAUUGUUCAGUUUUUCCAAAGGGUUACCCACUUGAUAGGAAGAAAUUGGUUUUGUUAUGGAUGGCAGAAGGCUUCCUUGAUUGUUAUCAAGGUGGAAAAGCAGCGGGGGAAUUAGGUGAUGAUUGCUUUGCUGAAUUGUUAUCCAGAUCCUUAAUUCAACAAUCAAAUGAUGAUGCUCGUGGAAAAAUCUUUUUCAUGCAUGACCUUGUCAACGAUUUAGCUACAGUCGUAUCUGGAAAAAGUUGUUGCAGGUUUGAAUGUGGUGACAUCUCUGAAAAUGUUCGUCAUAUCUCAUAUAACCAAGAAUGGUAUGACAGUUUCAAAAAGUUUGAGAAUAUCUAUAAUUUCAAAUGCUUGCGAAGCUUCCUACCCGUGAACUACAUGACUUGUGACAUAUCCAUCAAGGUGGUUAACGAUCUCCUACCAGCAUUCAAAAGGUUGCGUGUGUUAUCGUUGUCAAAGUAUACAAACAUCACAAAGCUUCCGGAUACAUUUGGCAAUUUACUGCAAUUGCGGUAUCUAGACCUCUCCUACACUAAAAUCAAAAGCUUGCCAGAUACAGUAUGUAAUCUUUACAAUUUACAGACAUUGAUUUUAUCAAAUUGUAGGGAUCUAACUGAAUUGCCUGUAGAUCUUGGAAAUUUAAUCAAUUUACAUCACCUUGAUAUAACAAAGACAAACAUAAAGGAGUUGCCAAUGAAAAUUGCAAGACUAGAAAACCUCCAAACUUUGACAGUUUUUAUAGUGGGUAAGCAACAUGUAGGGUUAAGUAUCAAAGAGCUAAGGAAAUUCCCAAACCUACAAGGAAAACUUACCAUCAAGAACCUGCAUAAUGUCGUUGAUGCCACGGAGGCAGAAGAUGUGAACCUGAAAAGCAAAGAGAAAAUUGAGGAGUUAGAGUUGUUAUGGGGAAAACAAAGUGAAGACUCGCAAAAUGUGAAAGCGGUUCUUGCUAUGUUGCAACCACCAACAAGCCUUAAGAGCCUGAACAUUGACUUGUACGGCGGGACAAGUUUUCCGAGUUGGUUGGGAAAUUCUUUGUUUUCUAACUUAGUUUCCCUAUACAUCAAUAAUUGUGAAUAUUGCACGACGCUUCCACCGCUAGGACAACUACCUUCUCUCAAGGACUUGAGUAUAACAAACAUGUUUAUAUUGGAGACAAUUGGCCCAGAGUUCUAUUGUGCACAGGGAGGAGAAUGUUCCAAUUCUUCCUUCCAACCAUUUCCAUCCCUUGAGCGGAUAAAAUUUGACAGCAUGCCAAGUUGGAAGGAAUGGCUUCACUUUGAAGGCAUAAACUCUUCUUUUCCUCGACUUAGAACUAUGGAGUUACUUAACUGUCCAGAACUAAGAGGACAUUUGCCUAGCCACAUUUCUUGUAUAGAAGAAAUUGUAAUAAAUGGUUGUGCACAUUUAUUGGAAACACCUUCCACUUUGCAUUGGCUGUCGUCGAUAAAGAAAAUUAAUAUCAAUGGGCUUUCUGAAAGGACCCAAUUGUCAUUGCUUGAGAGUGAUUCUCCAUGUACGAUGCAAUAUGUAGUGAUUGAAGAGUGUCUUAUGCUAUUAUCUGUGCCAAAGUUGAUUUUGAGAAGCACAAGUCUUCAACACUUGAAACUCAAGUCUCUUUCUUCGCUCGCUGCAUUUCCCUCAAGUGGUCUACCUACUUCAUUGCAAUCACUUCAUAUUGAAAAUUGUAAGAAUUUAUCUUUCCUUCCUCCUGAAACAUGGAGCAAGUAUACAUCACUUGUGAGACUUUCUUUAACAAGUAGCUGUGAUGCACUUACAUCCUUUCCGCUUGAUGGUUUUCCCGCCCUCCAAAUACUUGACAUAUAUCAAUGUAAGAGUCUCAAUUCCAUUUAUAGUUUAGAAAGUCCUUCUGGUCGCCCGUCAAACCUCCAAUCACUUAAUAUCACAUGCCUUUGUUCGUUUAAAGUCAGGCUUAAGAUGGACACACUCAUUGCUCUUAAAGAUUUGUCGUUGCAUUGUGAAGGAGAGUUGUCAUUUUGUGAAGGUGUUUGUCUACCUCCCAAAUUACAAUCAACAUAUCUGCAUUCGAGGGGAAGAACAACACCGUCUGUAACAGAAUGGGGCCUUCAAGGCCUAACCGCUCUUUCAACUUUGAAUAUAGGAAAUAAUGAUGAUAUUGUUAACACCUUGAUGAAGGAGUCGUUGCUACCCAUCUCCCUUGUGUCUUUGAUUAUCAGUCAUCUCUUUAAAAUGAAGGCCUUUGAUGUAAGUGGGCUUCGACACCUCUCCUCUCUCGAAAGUCUUCACUUUGAGUAUUGUGAACAGCUUGAGUCAUUGACAGAAAACUGCCUCCUCCCUUCCUCGCUGAAAACACUUAGCUUUGACAGUUGUGAAAGACUUGAGUCGUUACCAGAAAACUGCCUCCCUUCUUCACUGAAAUCACUUGUAUUUUGGAAUUGUGAAAAGCUCGAGUCAUUACCAGAAAACUGCCUCCCUUCCUCGUUGGAAUCACUUAAUCUUUAUUUGUGUGAAAAGCUCGAGUCAUUACCAGAAGACAACCUUCCUGACUCUCUUGAGAUACUUCGCAUUUAUGGAUGCCCAUUGUUAGAAGAAAGGUAUAAAAGGAAGGAAAAUUGGUCCAAAAUUGCACACAUCCCUGUCAUAAAAAUAAAUGACCAACUCACAAUGUGGUGACAAGUUGUGUUUCCGUUUCAGGAGUUCAAGGCCUAAGUGGAUGAAAAUCAGCUCACAUGAUGAAUUGAAGACAAAAGUGAGACAUGUUGUUAUUGCCACAAGAUUGGAUAUACUUUGCUAAUAUUCAGUCUGUAUUUUGUUAUCAUUUGAAUUAAUCUUUAUAUGUUUCCUAAUAACCUGCAUGAUCCGGUCACUCGGUCAAUGCAGUAGGGUUUGUAAUAUAUAUUCUUAAUUUGUAUCUGUGAGUGAACGAAUGUUCAUAUGAGGUUUAGACAGAAUCAACUUUUGAGUACUGAGAAAUCUACAGUUAAGUGUGUUAUAAUUUAUAAACAAUUCCUUACUAAUUUCCUCUCUGAUAAACAAUGCCUUGAAAUGGAAUAUCUUAUCAUUAUUCUUCGAAGCUAACAAA